AUGUUUACCAGUGUCGCUAAACUGUCACAACAAAGGUUUUUAAUUAGGCAACCAUCUCUCACUGCUGCCACAUUGCGCGCAACCACAACGAUAUUACCCUUAAGACCAUAUUCUCAGCCCGCAUCCCUCCAAGACUCGACUAACUUGACAUGGUCCAAUUUCUUCAAGUUAAGAAAGCAACAACGUAGAAUAAAUGUUGGUUCUUCGCUGUUUACUGGGCUCUUGGGGUGUAACAUUUCAUGGGCUUACCUGUCUACUAUGGAAAUAGACCCCACCCAAUUGCUUUUCGGAUUCGACCCAUUAACUGUUAUUUCAGCAGGAAUAAUAGUCUCUGGUACAUUGGGCUACUUAUUGGGCCCCAUAGUUGGCUCACAAGUGUUCAAGCUCGCCCACAACCGGCAAUUGACACAGUUCAAUGACAAGAAUAAAGAGUUUUUGAAGCAUAUUAUCAAUAAUAGAGUUGAUGCCUCUUCUCAGAGCUUUAGUAAUCCUGUUCCAGACUAUUACGGCGAGAAGAUAGGAUCUCUGAAGGAAUAUAAACAAUGGCUGAGAGAUUGUCAUGCUUACGCCAAAAAAGCAAAGGAAUUCCUGUAA